AUGCCUGUUCCAGACCAACCCUCGUCUUCUGACAAGACAAGUUCACUUAGUCCUGUGUUGAACACAUCCAACGGCGAUGGCUCUGAAACUGAGACAACCUCUGCCAUUCUAGCUUCAGUUAAAGAACAGGAACUGCAGUUUGAGAGACUGACUCGAGAACUUGAGGCUGAACGUCAGAUUGUAGCUAGCCAGCUGGAGAGAUGUAAGCUUGGAUCAGAAACUGGAAGCAUGAGCAGCAUUAGUUCAACAGAAGAGCAGUUUCACUGGCAAACACAAGAUGGUCAGAAGGAUAUAGAAGAUGAGCUCACCACUGGUCUGGAGCUGGUGGACUCAUGUAUUAGAUCACUGCAGGAAUCAGGGAUACUCGAUCCACAGGACUAUUCAGCCAGUGAAAGGCCCAGCCUCCUCUCCCAGAGUGCGCUCCAGCUCAAUUCCAAACCUGAAGGGUCCUUCCAGUACUCAGCCAGCUACCACAGCAACCAGACCCUCGCCCUGGGCGAAACAGCGGCCGCCCAGCUCCCGGCCCGCAGCAGUCAGGCCAGAGGUGCCAUCCAGAGCUACAGCCAGGGCCCGGGGGGGCGCGGCGCCCACCCGGGCGGCCCGGAGCCGCCGCCGCCGCCCGCCGCCCCGCAGCCGCGGGAGCCCUUCGCGCCCAGCCACGGCAGCGCCUUCCACCUGCCCGAGCCCCAGCACGCCGCCGCGCUCUACUACGCCAGCUCCACGCUGCCGGCGCAGCGGGUGAGCUCCCCGCUGCCCGCCCAGCCCGGCGGCUCCCCCACCAAGCUGCCGCGGGCCGGCUCCGCCGCCGAGGGCGCCGCCUACGCCACCGCGCAGCGCCUCUCCUCCCCGAAGCAGUCCCCCAGCCGCCUGGCCAAGUCCUACAGCACCAGCUCGCCCAUCAACAUCGUCGUCUCCUCGGCGGGACUGUCGCCGUCCCCCAUCCGAGUGACCUCCCCGCCCACCGUCCAGUCUAACAUUUCCUCCUCUCCUAUCCACCAGUUAAGCUCCACCAUCGGCACUUACGCCACCCUGUCGCCUACCAAGCGGCUGGUUCACGCUGCCGAUCAGUACAGCAAGCACUCCCAGGAGCUGUACGCCACCGCCACCCUGCAGAGACCCGGCUCCCUGGCAGCUGGGUCUCGGGCAUCUUACAGCAGCCAGCACAGCCACCUUGGCUCCGAGUUAAGGGCACUGCAGUCUCCAGAACACCAUAUAGAUCCUAUUUACGAAGACAGAGUUUAUCAGAAGCCCCCUAUGAGGAGUCUCAGCCAGAGUCAGGGGGACCCUCUGCAACCAGCACACACAGGCACAUAUCGCACGAGUACAGCCCCAUCUUCCCCUGGUGUCGACUCCGUACCCUUACAGCGCACAGGCAGUCAACACGGCACACAGAACGCAACAGCGACCUUCCAGAGGGCCAGCUAUGCGGCCGGCCCAGCCUCCAAUUACGCAGACCCCUACCGACAGCUGCAGUAUUGUCCUUCUGUUGAAUCACCAUACAGCAAAUCUGGGCCAGCCAUCCCACCUGAAGGGACCUUGGCUAGGUCACCUUCCAUUGAUAGCAUUCAGAAAGAUCCCAGAGAGUUUGGAUGGCGAGAUCCAGAGCUUCCAGAAGUUAUACAGAUGUUACAGCAUCAAUUUCCCUCAGUACAGUCCAACGCUGCAGCCUACUUACAACACCUCUGUUUCGGAGACAAUAAAAUAAAAGCAGAGAUAAGAAGACAAGGCGGAAUACAAUUACUGGUGGACCUAUUGGACCAUCGGAUGACAGAAGUCCACCGUAGUGCCUGUGGAGCUUUGAGAAACUUGGUAUAUGGGAAGGCAAAUGAUGACAACAAAAUUGCUCUGAAAAACUGUGGUGGUAUCCCAGCAUUAGUACGGUUACUCCGCAAGACUACAGAUUUGGAAAUCAGAGAACUGGUCACAGGAGUUCUCUGGAAUCUGUCCUCCUGUGAUGCACUGAAAAUGCCAAUCAUCCAGGAUGCCCUCGCAGUGUUGACCAAUGCAGUGAUAAUCCCUCACUCUGGAUGGGAAAACUCUCCACUCCAGGAUGAUCAUAAAAUACAACUCCAUUCAUCACAGGUGCUGCGCAAUGCCACUGGGUGCCUAAGGAACGUCAGCUCUGCUGGAGAAGAGGCCCGCAGAAGAAUGAGGGAGUGUGAUGGCCUGACGGACGCGUUGCUCUACGUGAUCCAGUCUGCUCUGGGGAGCAGUGAAAUUGAUAGUAAGACCGUUGAAAACUGUGUGUGCAUUUUGAGGAACCUCUCAUACAGGCUAGCUGCAGAAACAUCUCAGGGACAGCAGAUGGGAACAGAUGAACUUGAUGGAUUACUCUGCGGUGAUGCCAAUGGAAAAGACACAGAGAGUUCAGGGUGUUGGGGGAAGAAGAAGAAGAAAAAGAAAUCACAAGAUCAGUGGGAUGGCGUAGGACCUCUCCCAGACUGUGCAGAACCACCCAAAGGAAUCCAGAUGCUGUGGCACCCUUCAAUAGUCAAACCCUACCUCACACUUCUUUCUGAGUGCUCAAAUCCAGACACGCUGGAGGGGGCAGCAGGGGCACUGCAGAACUUGGCUGCUGGGAGCUGGAAGUGGUCAGUGUAUAUCCGCGCUGCUGUCCGCAAAGAAAAAGGAUUGCCAAUCCUGGUGGAACUGCUUCGAAUAGACAAUGAUCGGGUGGUAUGUGCAGUUGCUACAGCUUUACGAAACAUGGCCUUAGAUGUCAGAAAUAAGGAGUUAAUAGGCAAGUAUGCCAUGAGGGAUCUGGUCCACCGACUGCCAGGCGCUAACAACAGCAACAGCUCAGCAAGCAAGGCCAUGUCUGAUGACACCGUUACUGCCAUUUGCUGCACUCUGCAUGAAGUCAUCACUAAAAACAUGGAGAAUGCCAAGGCCUUACGAGACGCAGGCGGCAUUGAGAAACUGGUUGGCAUAUCUAAGAGUAAAGGAGACAAGCAUUCGCCAAAAGUGGUGAAAGCAGCAUCUCAGGUCCUCAAUAGUAUGUGGCAGUACAGAGACCUGAGAAGUCUCUACAAGAAGGACGGAUGGUCGCAGUAUCACUUUGUAGCCUCAUCUUCAACAAUAGAAAGGGAUCGGCAAAGACCGUACUCUUCAUCACGCACGCCCUCCAUCUCUCCCGUGCGCAUGUCACCUAACAACCGCUCAGCAAGUGCCCCAGCCUCACCUCGGGAAAUGAUCAGCCUAAAAGAAAGAAAAACAGACUAUGAAUCAACUGGAACAAACGCCACUUACCAUGGAAAUAAGGGAGAACACACUUCUAGGAAAGACACCAUGACAGCUCAGAACACUGGAAUCUCAACUUUGUACAGGAAUUCAUAUGGUGCACCUGCUGAAGAUAUCAAACACAACCAGGUUUCAACACAGCCAGUUCCACAGGAGCCCAGCAGAAAAGAUUAUGAACCAUAUCAGCCGUUUCAGAAUUCAACAAGAAACUAUGAUGAGUCCUUCUUUGAGGACCAAGUGCAUCAUCGUCCACCUGCAAGUGAAUACAACAUGCACCUGGGACUAAAGUCAACUGGCAACUACGUCGACUUCUAUUCAGCUGCUCGUCCCUAUAGUGAACUUAACUAUGAAACAAGCCACUAUCCAGCCUCUCCCGACUCCUGGGUUUGA